CCGGAGAGAGUGAGGGACAUGAUCCUCAGCUCAGAUUGUUUGUUUCAUAGGAAAGAAAAAGAACCAAAGCGCGCAAAACAAUAAAAAGCAGAGUGGUGUGGCUUUUCUGUUCUGAGUUUGAGGUUGUCAAUGGCAAGAGAAGAUGAUGAACCCACUUCACCGAUGCACCCACCUUCAUCUUACAUCUUAAUGCUAAACAUCAUGAGCAAAAGGAGAACAUGGGUAUGUCUUUUUUUACUUGUUUACGGUACCCUUUUGGCUUCUUCAUGGAAUUUCCUCAAAUCCAUGCUUUCUUGGUACAAUUUGCAAGCUCAGUCAUCAACCUCUGGUUGGCCUGCAAUUUAUGUCUCGGUGCUUCUUGGCACGGUUUUUGGGCUUCUUUCCAUGGUUGCAGCUUUGGUUGUGAUGGUUCCUGCGGUUCUGGUGACAUGGAUCACCAUCGUUGUGUUAUUGGCUUUCUUUGGUAAGCCUAAGAAGGCUUUGGUUGUGGAGGGGAGGAAGAUCACAAGGGAAAUUUUCGGUUUUGUGAUUAAGAUUUUGUUGAAGGAAGGGAAUGUUGUGGCUGCCCUUUGUGCUGUUUUGGGGUAUUUUGCUUUGGUUAGAAGGAACGGCCAAGAUGUUGUUGAAUGAUUUGGGUGGUGAUGGGUUUAGUUUGGUGGAGAGUGGUUUUUGUGGGGGGAUUUUGGGAUGUUGUUGUUAGAUGGGGUUUGCAAAUCAUGCUGGUGGGUGUGAUUUUGGUAAAGUGUCUUAAUCUUAAUCUCUUUUUUGGGCAUAGAAUAUGAAUUAGAUUACAUAGUUGAAACUUGCAAGUGUUACUUACUGAGCUGUUUGUAGAUGCUAAACUGCUUAAUCAUCAGGGUAAAUCAUAGUGUAUGCUCUUGCUGAUUCAUUAAUUUUA